AUGUUUGAAAACCAGUCAUUUUCCUGUUCUUCUACGGGCAGUAAUAAGCCAUCCCAAGAUAAGAACAAGUGGAUCACCACAAGGCAACGUAGCUGUGCUUUUGUGAAUACUCCAUUACCCUGUAUUAACAAAGCUAUUUGUCACAUUCAAGAGUUAGAAUUAAAGAUGGAGAAAUGCUUUCAACAGUAUGGUUAUGUGUUUAAGGAGGAGAAAAUACCAUGGAUAACAAAACAGGUCAGUGCUGAAUCUAUUGAAGAUAUCUGGUUAUCAUUAUCCACUAAGUUGGGUUUUAAAGAAGCUGAUGUAUCUUGUGAAGCGUAUGAUUAUAUAAUAUAUAUAAUAUAUGAAAAAGCUUUGGAGUUGGAGAAACUCCGAAGGAAAAAGUUUGGCAUGAAAAUUGAUUGUAUGUCACUUUGGAGGCUUCAGCAGCUCCCCGCAGCCUUUCAAAAAGAAUAUGAAAUGUGUGUUCAAGAUACCUUGGAGCUACAAUGGCAUUUUGAUUGUAAAAGCCGUCAGCUGCGACAGGUACAAAACCAAAUACUUAAGACAGAAACAGUUAACGGAAAGAUUCAGAAGGACAUAGACUUCAUGAAGAAACACAGCCCUCUGCUGGAAGAAAAGCUUAAUCUAGAGGGUGAAGCUGUGAAGGAUGUGUUACUGGCUUAUGAAAAGACAUCAAAAAUAUAUAGCGAUGUUCGUUGUGAACUCAUGGAAAUCCAGAAGGCAAUGAAAAGAAUUGAUGAAGAAUCUGAAAAGAAGAUAAAAUCUAUGUAUGAGGAAAUUAAAUAUGCUGAGGGACUAUUGAGUCAAUACAAGAAUGAGUUAAAGCAUUCUGAAUUUAUUUGGACCGAAUACUGUAUGAAGUUAAAAGAAACAGAGGAGAAGAUUAUAAAGGAUGAAAAACACCUUGAGGAGUUAGUGAAGCAAAAAGCAGAAAUCCAGGAAGAUGCAAAAUGUUGGAACAGCAAAGUGAAAGAUUUGAAUAACAAAAUAGCUGCCCAAGGAGAUGAGAGCAUAAAAAUAGCAGAUGAUUCUUCUGAAGUGAUUAAAGCUGUGGAAGAAUUAAAAUCCACCAGGGAAAGUGAUCUUAUAAAGCAAAAGCUUCUCAAAAUUAAUGAAGCAUUGGACAUUUUGAAAUGUGAAAAUGAAGAACUUGAGGAAGAAAAUGAAGAGGUUUUGCAAAAAUAUAGAUAUAGCAAAAAAAAAAAGAAGGCGUAUCAGUCAGAAGUUGAAACUAUCUGCAAAAGCAUGUGUAAGAUUGAACAGCAAGUAGAAAGACUAAAUGAAGAUCUCUGUAAUGCUGAAUUGUCCUACAGUGGGGAAAAAAAAAAGUAUGAGGACUUAAAAAACCCUAAAACUGUGGAAGAGAUCUCUUACAAGAAUUCGGAGUGGAAUCUUAAAAAAGAAAUUCAAGAUCAAAACGGAGUUUGGAAAGUGACUCAAGCCAGGCUUAAAGCAAUAUAUGAUGAGCUAGAGGAAAAGCAAAAAGAGAAACUCAAGAAAAGAGAGGUAGAUAUGAAGAGGAUAGAAGAGAUUGAGAGACAAGUAGCUGAUCUAGAAACAAAAUUUAAAAGAAAUAAAGAUAUAUUUAAAGACAACCAUGAGAAGCUCUCCUAUUUGGAUCAGAGUGUACAAGCGCUAGUUAAACAGCAGAAGCAAAUUGAACAACUGAAACAGAAAAGAAGUAUCAUGCAGCAACAAUUAAGUGAUAUACAGGAAAAAAAUUCAUUUACUUCCAGUCAAAUUCCUGAAAACUCGCACACUACAGGAAAUUUAAAAAUUGGACUUAAAGAACUAAAUGAAUUAUCGAACAUGAAGCAACUAUAGACGGAAAAUGCAAAGAAAUCUUUCACUGAUUUGUGGAAAAAUUUAAGUGGCGUGAUGUUUAAGCAGCAAAAUGUUCAGGUGGUAUUUAAUCAUCUCCAAGAUGAGCUAGCAGAAUAUGAGAAAAGGUUAAAGCAGGAAGAAAAAACAUAUGGAGAAUUACUACAGAUUAGAAAGAAAAACCUGACAGGUUCAGAAGCUGCUCUGGAGUAAAUCAUUAAAGAAAAUUGAUGGUUAGCUCAAGAAUAUAAAAUCUUUCAGAACUACUACUUAAACAGUAAAGAAGACCUCACAGAAUGUUAUGACAAUAGAAUCAGGGUGGAAGCUGCCGUUACAGAUCAUCAGCAGGAUCAGAAACCAGAGGAGAUUAAAAAAAGAGUCCCAGGAGACUCUGUGGGGAAGAAUGAGAACUACCCUGAAGAACAAAGAGGAAAAGGGGAGUGGAGGGGGCGGCGCGGCCUCUCCAUCCAGGCUGGGCUGGCGAGGAUCCAGGCAGCCUCUCAGGAGAACGCUCAGAAAAUAUUAGCUGUGCAGGGGGAGUUGUCAAAAGCAAUCCAGCACAUCACCGCUUUCUUGCGCUCUUUGACAGAUGGCUCGCCGACUACAGACAACAAUGCAAACAACCAGUGUAUCUUGGAUGCUGAAAUAAAAGACAAGAAAAGUCACACAGUUCAGAUAACAGUGUAA